CUAAAAUACCCUGCGCCUUUGCUAUAUAAACAACGAUACACUCCAGUUUCACAAUCAGUGCAUUUAGAGAACAUUUUCCGUAACGAUGUUCUCGAAAAAUUUUCUUACGCUCUUAUCAGUGCUGUGGUUGACGUUCGGAGUGAUUUUCGCGAAAGAAGAUGAAGAAAAACCCGAACCGAAACCGAAAAGUGAAUACAAAAAAUCGCUGUCUAGAGACUGUGCUACCACCUACACCACGACAUGUUUGAAAUUGGACAUAGUGUCUUGGGUCGACAAGUUAAACGAGGAAGACGACUAUAGUGUUAUACCGGGUGUAUCGGUGAUCAAAGAAGACAACGGGGAUAAAAGCAAUACGGCUGAUAUGGUGGCCGAGCUUGCUAGGGACUUCCCCAACGAUCCCGAUGCUCGACUGGACGCGUUCCUGAUGAAAAAAGUGUCUUCCUACCUAAACAGCCAUUCAUUGCGCCUGGAUUUACUCAACAAGGACACGGUUGAAUCAGCCAGGGUAAGCGGCCGUGGAGGAGGCGGAGGAAUCGGUGGAGGCGGCGGUGGAGGUGGAAAAGGAGGGGGUGGAAGUGGUGGAGGUGGCGGCGGCGGCGGUAUGGGAAUGAUGAUGGCGGCAGGAGCUAUGAUGAAAGGCACCCUCUUGGCCCUAUCUCUAGGAGGUAUCGCUGCAAUAGCAGGUAAAGCCCUGAUGACCGGUCUGAUUUCUUUGCUCAUAUCCGCCAUUAUUGGACUCAAAGCCCUCACUCAUGGACAUAAGUCGACCACUUAUGAAAUAGUUUCGAAACCUGUGUACAGCCAUUCUAAUUCUCAUUCAGUGGGACACGAGGAUCAUCAUGAGCAUCAUCCUGGUGGUUAUGGACAUACUUCGUAUGGAAGAAGUUUUGAUAUGCCGUUACCAUUGGGUUUGCAACCUGAGUACAAACCAGCCUGAGAGAUACCAAAAUACCUUAAUCUUAAUUUAUUUUUUUUUUGUUUUUAUUUAUUUUGUGUUUUAUUUGAAUAAAAUAUUUUGAAC